AUGGCUAUUUGCAGAGAAUACGGGAAUCCAGAUUUGUUUAUCACGAUGACGACCAAUCCUAACUGGAGCGAAAUUAAAGAACAUCUCACGAAAUACGGUGGGGAUUCUCCGAAAGAUAGGCCAGAUAUCGAAUGCCGAGAGCUUUUUCAAACCAUACAAGGCGGCUCUCCACCGGAUAGAAUUCCAGAAAAAGGUCUCCUUCACGCACAUAUAUUAUUGUGGUUUGGUAACUCAACCAGAACUCCAAGCGCAGAAGAAGUGGAUGAGAUAAUUUCGGCCGAACUCCCGAACAAAGAGGAAGAUCCAGUUGCUUACGACUUAGUCACAAAACACAUGAUCCAUGGUCCAUGCGGUCUAUUGAAUCUGAAUUCCCCGUGUAUGGAAAAUAACGUUUGCACGAAAAAGUAUCCUCGGCCGUAUAAUGACAACACUUCGAUAGACAAAUCCGGGUAUGUGUUAUAUCGUCGACGCCAAGACGAUAAUGCGUCUACAUUAAAGGCUGGGGCUGUACUAAACAACACUUUUGUCGUACCUCAUAACAUUAAUCUUCUGAAGAAGUACGAAGCUCAUAUUAAUGUUGAAUGGUGUAAUCGUACAAGCGCAGUGAAAUACUUAUUCAAGUACAUAACCAAGGGCGUUGACCGAGCAACAGCUGUUAUUGAGAACGAAAAUACAGAAACUACACCCGAUGCCACGGUAUCCGGAGGAUCAAAGGAUAAAGUCGUCAGGCAACGUAAUGAGAUCCAAGACUAUAUAGAAGCCCGAUAUCUAUUAGCUUGUGAGUCUAUGUGGCGAAUUUUCGCAUUCCACAUACACAAAAGAAAGCCAUCAGUUGAGAAGCUUAUCAUUCACUUGGAAGGCGAACAUAGUAUUACGGUUAAAUCAACAGAUAACCUCGUCCGCGUAAUCCGUAAACCAGGUAUCGAGAAGACAAUGUUUACGGAAUGGAUGGUUUUAUGCAUAAGGUCGGUGUUUGCGCGGACACUAACAUAUGUUCAGAUUCCUGAAUAUUUUGUAUGGAACAACAAUGCUAAAGUGUGGACCGAACGUAAAAAAGGAAAAACCAUUGGCCGAGUUGUAGCUGUCCAUCCUUCAGCAGGCGAUCGUUACUACCUGAGGAUUCUCAUUAAUAAGAUUAAGGGUCCUAGAAGUUAUGAUGAGCUAAAAACAUACAACGACGUGAAAUAUCCUGACUUCAAAUCAGUUUGCCACGCACGAGGUUAUCUAGACGAUGAUGUUGAAUGGCUCGAGAGUAUGUCGGAGGGCGCUCGAACAGCCACACCAUACCAGCUCCGUGAUAUGUUUGUUACAUUCCUAACCAGUUGCUUCGUCGCAAGCCCUAAAGGACUGUGGGAACACUCAUGGAAAUCAAUGAGCGAGGACAUACUUCACAAAAGACAAAGGAUCUUAGGCCACGCAAAUCUGGAACUGGAUGAUAAGACACUCGAGCAAUACACAUUGAUAGAGGUAGAAAAGUUGAUGUGCAUGCAAGAUCGCUCUUUAAAUGAUAUUAAAGAUAUGCCGAAGAUCAACCCUGUAUUGCUCAAAGAAUUGGGCAACAGUUUGUGGAACCAAGAAAUGGAUUACGAUGUUGCCGAGGAAACAUUAAGACAUGACAAGCAGCACAACUUGCUUAAUGCUGAACAGCGUGCGAUAUAUGAUUCAGUCUUAGAGUAUGUUGAUAAAAAGGAGGGAAAACUUUUAUUCGUAUAUGGCGCAGGAGGCACAGGGAAAACAUUCCUAUACCAGACUAUUAUAUCCAGACUUCGCUCAAGGAAACAAAUCGUUCUACCAGUUGCUUCUUCAGGAAUAGCCGCAUUGCUAUUGCCAAACGGGAGAACUGCCCAUUCUCGCUUCAAUAUUCCCUUGAAGCUCGACGAAGAUAAGUUCUGCAACAUCAAACCAGGUACGAUGCUUGCUGAAUUAAUUGAGAAAACUGACCUCAUAAUCUGGGAUGAGGCACCUAUGACACACAAGCAUGCUUUUGAAGCAUUAGACAAGACAUUGAAGGACAUAAUGUCUACGAAAUAUCCACCCGCAAAGAAUCAGCCUUUUGGCGGCAAAACAGUUAUGUUGGGUGGUGAUUUCAGACAAAUUCUACCGGUCAUCCCACAAGGUAGUAGAGCUGAUACUGUAUUAGCUUCGAUAAGUCAUUCAUACCUAUGGAACUGCUGCCACAAAUAUUUUCUGACGACAAAUAUGCGAGUCAAUCAGGAUGAGAAAGAGUUUUCUGAUUGGCUUCUCAAAGUCGGGGAAGGUCGUCUUGAAUCAGACCAAGAAUAUGAAAAUGAUGGGUAUGAUGAUCAAUCCAUAGAUAUCGAUGAAUCUUUGAUUUGCCAGAGUUUUGUUGACCCAUUAGAAGGAGUUGUUGAAGCCGCAUAUGGGGAUAUCAAUAAACCGACGAAUUCCCAGACUUCCUAUACUGAUAAAGCUAUCCUCACACCCCGUAAUGAAACCGUCGAUGAAAUCAAUGCUUACAUCAUCUCGCGGACAGACGGGGUAACAAGAGAUUAUUUCAGCUCAGACAGCUUCGAGAUAUCAGAUACUACAUCAGAUCAAAAUAAUACAUUAUACGCCAUUGAGUAUCUCAACUCAUUGGAAUUCUCGGGUUUGCCCUCGCACAGGCUAGCUCUGAAAGUUGGUGCCCCAGUUAUGCUUCUGCGAAACAUAAAUCAGAAAAAAGGAUUAUGCAAUGGUACGCGGAUGAUCCUAACUCACGUUGGCAAUCGCAUUCUAAAGGCAAAAAUUAUCACUGGCUCCCACAUUGGAGAAGAAGUUUUGAUCCCAAGAAUUGUGCUUUUGUAUGAUGAAACAAAAUUACCGUUCACAUUACGUCGGCGGCAAUUUCCUAUCAGAUUGUGCUACGCAAUGACAAUCAACAAAAGCCAAGGCCAGAGUUUGAAAAAGGUCACCUUAUAUCUGCCUAAACCAGUAUUUUCUCAUGGUCAACUUUAUGUGGCCCUCUCCCGUGUCACAAGCAAAACAGGAUUGACGAUCAUCAAGACCGAGGGUUCCCACCAGAUGAGGGUGAAGAACAUAGUCUUCAAAGAAAUAUUCAAAAGCCUUAUUCCCAACAAAGGUCUUCUUACCCAUGGGUUUUGCCGCAUCUACGUCAGGCCAUUUCUUUCGUACGACCUAAACACAUCUUCAGAUCCGUGA